AUGGCCCUAUAUAAAGCUACCAGCAAGCAAAGUGGCCUGCUGGAUGGGCCUUCUUCUUCUAUCUCACGAUUGGGCUGCUCAAACGACUCAAGAUCAAGAUCAAGGUCAAGAUCAAGGUCAAGAUCGAUUAAUUACACAGGGCGAAGCAGAUCAAGGUCAUCUACGGCGACUUCCUUUUUAAACUUCAUUUCAAAUAAUCGCUUGUAUCAUACACUCAGGGGCUCAGAGCCUACAAGCUUGCUAUCAUUAUAUCGAUUGUUGAAAGUCGAGUUGAACUUGCCUCAACAUGGGGACAAACUUAAUGAGCAAGACCCUCUUCAGGCUGAGGCUCAACAGUCAUACGAGCAGCUCUCAAGUUUAAUCAAAGUGCCUCUUGUUUUAGAGCGAUUUAUGAUAUUCGGGUUACUUGUGUGUUUGAAUUCAGUCUUAACAGUAUUUUCCCUUGUUCCCCUUAAGAUAAUCAUUCUUUCCUACGCUGGUAUCUGCGACUGUAUUGCUAACUUCAAUCAGACGUCACAGUUUCGUAGCUCCUUCAUUAUAAAAAAAUUACAUUGGGUUAAAAGAGAUAUUAUUACUCUACUGAUGAUUGGAAUGUCUGUUUUUUUAUUAAGUCCCCCCAAUUUGGAUAUAUCCAGAAUGUAUCAUGAUGUAAGGGGUCAAGCACAUAUCAAGCUUUAUGUCAUGUUUGGUGUCUUGGAGGUAGCGGAAAAAUUGUGUUCUUCUAUUGGGCAAGAUAUUCUUGCAAUUUUAUAUUCUACACCAAUGGCUUCAUAUGAGGAUUUGAGAAAAAACGGGGCAAAACUCUUCAUCUUCUUCCUUAUAUCACUCAUUUAUUUGACAUCACAUGCCUACAUCCUCAUCUAUCAAACAGUUUCAUUGAAUGUGGCUGCCAAUUCUUACUCUAAUGCCUUAUUAACAUUGCUUCUUUCUAAUCAAUUUGCUGAGCUAAAAGGUUCUGUUUUCAAGAAAUUUGAUCGAGAGGGACUAUUUCAAAUAUCAAUGGCUGAUUUAACAGAACGAUUCCAAUUGUCUUUGAUGCUUAGCAUAAUAGCGUUGAGGAAUUUGCUUCAGAUAAAUAGUACACAGAUGGGAUUAAUACCAAACAGUUGGAAAAGUUGGAAUACUUGGUUUGGUGCCAUAUUUGGCCCCAGCAUCGUAGUAAUUGGGAGCGAAAUUUUUGUCGAUUGGCUAAAGCAUUGCUAUAUCACGAAAUUUAAUAAGAUCAGGCCAAGGGUCUAUCGAAAGUUUCUUCAUGUUUUAAGUUUGGAUUUUUUGCAAGUAUUCAAAACUACUCCAAAUCCGGCUGCUAAUCUACUGAAUGAUUUGUCAGAUUAUAUUGUGCUAACGAAGAGGAUCGGGCUACCGUUGCUUGCAUCUGUUGUUUGUUUUCUUCGAAUGACUCUUCCAGACUUCAAACAAUUGCUUGUAGUUUCCAGCGAGACACUGCAAGUCUACGCGUAUUUAGUGAAAGCCAUACUCAUAUUGACGACUUUUUUCAUUGUUUUAUUCAUCAGAUUGAUCUUAGGUCUAAUUAUUUUGAAAUGGGCUAUUAGUAUUGAAGGUGAGUUUCAAGCUCAUAGUACGAUCAAAGAAAAUUUACAUCGUGAAAUGGAGCUGUCCUCUGAAAAGCAUAACCAGUCAACCUCCUCGUUCAAAGUAUCGAGAGUGGACCCUCCAGAAGGAGAAGACACGAUUACUUAUAGUAGCUUGUCCCCAAUAACAUCUUCACAUUCGCCGACUGCUAUAUCAGAAAAUGAUGAUAAAGACGCAUAUCAAAGCUCACCUGACUCAAGUCCCAAAGCUGAGAAGUCUCUUCUUUCUUCUCCCAUAGAUUUGUCAUUUCUUCCUGGCAUUCCUAAUUCAGAAGCAUCUUCUAUCAAUCCGACUACACGAUCUUACCUUUAUGACCAUGAUGAAUCAGUUCCUCCAACUAUCGAGGAGUUGCGUAAUCGACAAAUCCUAAACAAGCGCAGCGGCCGUGACAAUCUUGAUGACGAUGGUUUAGAAGAAGUAAAAAGAUACGAAAUGUCAAGUAAACGCAUAUGGUAA